UCCACCACCAGAGUUACUGAGUUGGCGUGGCCACGCCAUGCAUGGCGAAGAGGAAGUCACCCUGGAAGUCCUGUCAAUGGAUGCUGCUAUUGUUGUCGGCCUUCACCUUGGCAACUCUGUGGUUUGUUCUGCACACCGAAUUGCUGAAAGAUCCUGGCCAGGUUCAGGUCACCCACGAUCCCGAGGGCGAGAAGUGGGAGGGCAACAGAGAAGAGCCCGCAAUCGACGAUGCUCCAUCCAAAGAUGCGACAGUAGCUCCAUCUGUGGAUGUCACAUCAGAGCCGGCGAAAGACUACGCUUUGCGCUACGGGCCACCGGUUGCACCAGCGCCGGCGCCAGUGAAAGCCACGCAACAGGGCGCCAAAGAAGCGCCAACGUUGCAAGAAAUCCCUUCGGCAACAGGCAAAAACCAGGAGUCUUCUGGAAUCCUCACCGUUGCCCUAGCAGCAGAGCUCAAACAGCUCGAUGGAGCGCUGGUGGUCCUGAAUUCGGCCACGAAGAAUGCGGCAGAUCCAUCCAAGCUGCACUUCCGGAUCCUCACCACAGAGGAUGAUGCCUCCGAACUCCUGGAGAAAGUGAAAGACAGGCUAAAGCAACCGCUAAACGUCGAGGCCGUGAACUUUGAGCCCUGGUAUCCACGGGUAGGCAAGCUUUUGGGCGGCAAGUCCUCGGCGCGGAAAGAGCUCUUUGAUGCCUUGAACUUUGCAGCCUUCUAUUUGCAUGAGGCAAUCCCUGAAGCACCGGGAGGCAGGGUCUUGUAUUUGGAUACCGACGUGGUGGUGAAAUCCGACCUCAGCGAGCUGCUCUCGGUGAACUUCCGGGGUCAUCCCGCGGCGGCGGCGGAGGAUUGCUCCCAGCGCAUGGGCAAGUAUUUGGAUGUGGAUCGUUUGAAGUCCAAGGCGCUUCAAAGUGAGUUGCCUCCUGCACUUCAUGCGUCGAAGAAGGGUUGCGUCAUCAACCGCGGUGUGGUCUUGGUGGAUCUGAAAGCUUGGAAGGCGCAGAACAUCACUGGAGUCAUCGAGGAUCUGGUCCGUCUACACCUCACCAAAGGCAAGGGCCCCCUCUGGCGCGCGGGGGUGUCGCAGCCGCCCUUUCUGAUCGCCUUGGCCGGGAAGUUCGUGGACCUCGGCGCCGAGUUCAACGUGAGGGGCCUGGGACGUGGCGACAUCGCGCCGGAGGAGGUGGACUUCUACAAGAAGAAAAAAAUGUGGGACCCAUACUUUGACAAGUUCCUGUACAAGUGCAAAUUUCACUGUUGUCCAGGAUGCAAAGGUUGGGCCUUGUCGCCCUACAUUUCAGCGCCCGCACAAAAGGCCAAGAUUCUGCACUUCAACGGUCGACUGAAGCCAAGUCAUUCCAAGAGACGUGAUCUGAAAAAGGUCACGCCGCCCAAGCAGGACAUGUCGGAGGAAGAGCGCGCAGCUCGAGAACAGCGGCCAUUGUGCAGCUGUGGCAGUCAGUGUGUGCAGGAGUGCGCUGGGAUUUGGUGGGAGUACCUGCCUCCAUGAAAAAACA